AUGGCUUCAUCACUAUCACUGGCAGCAGAGGCAGAGAUACGGAUCUUUGUGAAGAAUCUGACUGGCAAGACCAUCACCCUCAAGGUCAAGGCCAGUGACACCACUGAAAAUGUCAAAGCUAAAAUCCAAGACAAGGAGGGCAUCCCGCCUGAUCAGCAGCAUCUGAUUUUUACCAGCAAACAGCUGGAGGAUGGUCACACUCUCUUAGACUGCAAUAUUCAGAAAGAGUCCACCCUGCACUUGGUGCUUCAUCUGCAGAGCGGCACCAUCAAGCCAUCCCUCCACCAGCUUGCCCAGAAGUACAACUGCGAUAAGAUGAUCUACCACAAGUGGUACCCUGCCUGUACCCCUGGCGGUGACAAAUGCCGCUAG